ACAGCAACUAUUCCUAUCUUGGGUUUUAAGCUCUCCGCUUCUCUUAUUCCCUUUCUCCUCCCGUUCUUUUCUUCUGCUCCUCGUCGUUGGGUUUAAGUAAAAGCACUCUUUUGGGGCAUUUUCUCUCCUUAAAAAGAACGCCUUCUUUUUCACCCUUCCUAUCGCCUGUUCUUUGUAAAAGAUUUCGCCGAAAAAGCUCUGUUUUUCUUGGGUCCGAUCAUUAGGCGGAAGGGGGUAGAGAUGCCGGUGGACGAGGCGGCGGCGGAAGCGCCUCUUCUCGUAGCCAUGGAAGAAGACCGAGCGGAAGCCGGAGAGGCGGCAAAAGAGGAAACCCUAGAGGAAGAAUCCGCCGGCGGGGCCGGAGAUGGAGGCGCAGCCGCCUUCGAGGACAAGAACCCUAGCUCCUCCUCCGACUCCGAGUCCGAUGACGAAGCGGCGGAGGGCCUUCAGAUCGAAACACUAGAGACCGCGCUCGCCCAGAAUCCCAUGAACUACGAAGCUCACGUCCAGUAUAUUCAAUGCUUGAGGAAAUCUGGACAUGUUGAGAAGCUAAGACAAGCAAGGUAUGCAAUGAAUGAGCGCUUUCCUCUAAGCCCGAAAAUGUGGCAAGAGUGGACGAAAGAUGAGAUUUCAUUAUCUGCAGGUUUGGAAGCACUCACUGAAAUUGAGAAGCUGUAUGACCGAGGCGUGCAGGAAUAUUUGUCUGUCCCUUUGUGGUUAGAUUACAUUAAUUUUUUUCAAGAACAUGAUCCAUCAGUGUCUCACUGCUCACCAGCUGGUAUCUUAAAGAUGAGAAAUUUAUUUGAGCGUGCUCUUACUGCUGCUGGGUUACAUAUUGUCGAAGGCAAUAAAAUUUGGGAAGCAUUUAGAGAAUUUGAGCAAGCUAUCCUUCUAACAAUUGACGAUAAUGACAAUGAGGAAAAAGCAAAACAAGUUCAGCGAAUACGUGCUUUAUUCCAUCGCCAAUUAUCUGUUCCUUUGGUUGAUUUAAGAUCAACACUUAUGGAUUGCAAGCUUUGGGAGGGCGAACAAGGGAAUGUCAAUGACAUUGACUCUGAUUUUGAUGGGAUUCCCACAAAUGUGAUCACUUCCUAUCAAAAAGCUAUUGAAAUGUACAAUGCUCGUAAACAGUAUGAAGACCAAUUGUCUGAUACUGACGCAUCUGAUGCUGAUAAACUUCAACAGUUUAUGAACUACCUAAAGUUUGAGGAGUCUUCUGGUGACCCUGCUCGUGUUCAAAUUCUCUAUGAACGUGCUGUUGCAGAAUUUCCUAUAUCAAGUGAUCUGUGGCUGGCAUAUACCACCUAUUUGGACAGAACCUUGAAGGUUCCUAAUGUUCUCAAAAGUGUUUAUUCUAGAGCCACAAGAAACUGCACAUGGGUUGGUGAACUUUGGGUCCGCUAUUUGCUUUCUUUGGAACGUAUUCAUGCUUCUGAGGAAGAGCUCAGUGCAGUCUUUGAGCAGUCUCUGCAAAAUGCAUUCCCAAGCUUCAAAGAGUAUUUGGAUCUGUUUCUCACACGAGUUGAUGGCUUAAGAAGGAGGAUGUCUAUAGUUGGUGCAAAAGAGGAUGGGCUAGACUAUGCUCUAAUAAGGGAAACAUUUCAGCGUGCUGUUGAGUACUUGUCUCCACAACUUGUAAGCUGUGAUGAUUUACUGCAUCUGCACAAAUACUGGGCUCGUUUAGAGGCUAAUCUUGGAAAAGACAUGGUUGCAGCUCGUGGGGUGUGGGAAAGCUUGUUAAAGAAAAGUGGAUCGCUGUUGGAAGUUUGGCAAUCCUACAUAGCGAUGGAAAUUGAAAUGGGUCACAUAAAUGAAGCAAGAUUCAUUUAUAAGAGAUGCUAUAGUAAGAGAUUUCCUGGAACAGGUUCAGAGGAUAUAUGCCGUUCUUGGCUACAAUUUGAAAGGGAGUAUGGCACUUUAGAUGAUCUUGAUCUUGCAGUUAAAAAGGUGACACCGCGCCUUCAGGAGCUCAAGAUAUUCAAGGCUCAACAAGAAUCCAAAAUGGACAUGAUGCUGUCCUCUAAAAAAGAUGGUUCUGUUUCAACAAACACCCCGCAAAAGAGGAAAAUGGCUAAAACGUCUAGUGAUAAGCAGCCUCCUGCAAAGAGAAAGAAAGAUACUGCACCUAAAUGUAUGGAAGCAUCCGAUGUAGAUCAAAAUAAAGCAACUGGGAAUGCCAAUGAUACCACACUUGAUAAAGGUGAAGUAGCAACUUCACUGAGGACUGCUGACUCUACUGCCACCAAUGAGCAAGCCGUAGGAAAUUCCAAAUCCAUGGAAUCCAAGCCCAAGUUUUACAAUGAUCAGUGCACAGCAUUUAUUUCAAACAUCAGCCUUGAGGCAAAUGAGAAGCAUCUGCAGAGAUUCUUCAGCGACUGUGGUGGAGUGACUGCUAUAAGAUUGUUAAGGGACAAAUUCACUGGCAAAUCAAGGGGAUUGGCAUAUGUGGACUUUUCAGAUGAGGGACAUCUUGCAACAGCCAUUGCAAAGAACAGGCAGAAGUUGCUAGGCAAGAAAUUAAGUAUUGCACGCUCAGAUCCAAAGCAAAGCCAGAAGAGAUCAACUACUGGUGGUAGUUCAUCAAAGGGGCGUGGCCAAGAAGCCCAAUUUAAAAGUGACCAUAGCCGCUUGGUGGAGUCGUCUGAGGGGACAGUUGAGGAGAGGCGUGGAAGUACUGUGAAACUCAUGGGAAAGAAUACUUUUGCAGCACCCAGAGCUGUUGCAAGACCCCUUGGGUGGAGUAAAAAGGAAGCAAAGAUUGAUGGAGAAACUGAAAUUCCCAAAUCAAAUGAUGAAUUCAGAAAGAUGUUACUCAAGAAAUGAACAUUUCAUUUCUGCAAAUGGGUGAGUGCUAGGAAUGAUGUUAUGAUUGCGAAAGUUUUGCAACCUUCUUCGUCUCUCUUUCAAGGUCUAUAUAAUGUUGGCAUAUGCUAGUUUUCCUCGUUUGGGUAUAUGUUAUUAGCAAAGAUGAAAAUGAUACAUCAAGAGAAGGGAAAGGAACACAGUAUGUAAAAGAUCAAGAGAAACCUAGCAUUACUUAUCUUAAUUGCAAUCAUUAGUUUAUAUAUAAUUUAGAACUUUGGAAAUGAAUGUCUACAUUUUUGUCCUAAAGUGCCAUUUUGUUUCA